GAAAGGCAGUCCCAGACAGUUAAGGAGUUCUCAAAGACUCGCUCUGCUGUGCAGAAUCUCGUGUUCAAAACAGAGACGCUGAGCCGCUUGCCACAAUGUGCAAAGGACUCGCGGCUUUGCCCCAUUCGUGCCUGGAAAGGGCCAAGGAGAUUAAGACCAAGUUGGGAAUUCUCCUCCAGAAGCCAGACUCAGCGGUUGACCUUGUCAUCCCGUACAGUGAGAAGCCGGAGAAACCAGCCAAGACCCAGAAACCCCCGCUGGAUGAGGCUCUGCAAUGGCGUGACUCCCUGGACAAGAUCCUGCAGAACAACUAUGGGCUUGCCAGCUUCAAAAGUUUCCUGAAGUCUGAAUUCAGUGAGGAAAACCUCGAGUUCUGGCUGGCCUGUGAGGACUACAAGAAGAUCAAGUCCCCUGCCAAGAUGGCCGAGAAGGCGAAGAAAAUUUAUGAAGAAUUCAUCCAAACGGAGGCUCCUAAAGAGGUGAAUAUCGAUCACUUCACAAAGGACAUCACAACGAAGAACCUGGUGGAACCGUCCCCGAGCAGCUUCGAUGUGGCCCAGAAAAGAAUCUAUGCCCUGAUGGAAAAGGAUUCACUGCCUCGCUUUGUGCGCUCGGAGUUUUAUCAGGAAUUAAUCAAGUAGUAAUUUAGCCGGGCUGUGUGGAUCAUCCAGUGAGUUAUUUCCUCUGUAAUAACCCUGCAUUUUCCAGCAAUCUAAUCUACAUUAGCUUCCCAUGGCUGCUUCAUUCGAAGAUACCCAAAUGGGAAAAUCCCGGGUGGCGUUGUUGACUCUUUUUGUGCACAUUGUUUUGGAUGUUUAUCUAGUGACCGAAUGCCUUCCUCCCCCGAUUUCUUCUUCCUGCCCCAUUCUUAAGGAUGUUGUUGUCAACGCUAAUCACAGUCACAGGGAAAUUCUGCUUAUGGCAAGGAAACAUAAGAAAAGAAUAUGAUACCGUAGAUAUGGUUUAGGUAAUGGAUCUCUAUCCACCCAGAUUGGUACGAAAAAGAAUGUGGAUGUGGAAAGACCGAUUUCAAAUGAGAUCCAUUGAUCUCAUUUGUUGUUUUCAUUCUGACCCAGGGGGAAUUAUCCCUCCAUUUCUGACCUUGGUUACUAAAAGGUGGUAAGAAUUUUAUGAGGCAGCCAUUAUUUGAUUUCUAAGCAAAGACAUUAUUUAAAAUAUCAAUCUUCCCUUUAGAGCCUCUUUGCAUUGGCUGGAGAUCACUAGCCAGAGAUAUAACCAUAAAUAUGUUAUGUUUAUACAAAGUCAAGCUGAAUACAAUCCAUAUUGGUUCUUUCCUUGUACCUCUCUCAUACCCCCCACCAAGUUACCAAAUCUUGUAUUAAAUCAACAACCUGACAAUGGAGUGUUUAAUAAAUGUGUGUAUAUAUAUAUAUAUAUAUAUAUAUGCAUCUAAGUACGUAGGCCCAAAGUUUCCAUUUUCAAAUUAUUUUAAGUCCCUGUGAGUAUAAAAUUCCAAACUUUGCAACUCCACUCACGUAAAAUACAACAGAUGCCGUCCAGCGCGAUUUCUCUUACCGCCACAUCAGGAGAGCUAUCCACUAAAAUGGGAAAACUUUGUCAGGCCUACAAAUGGCUAAUUACCCUAUGAUGCCAUCUGUUUAUUUAGGGAAUGGCGAUUAUCUUCAAAAGAUCAAAUUAUCUUUAGAAAAAUUAAUUCGACUGUGGACGCCUUCUGGGAUAGCAUUCCGAAGGACCCCACAUUUUGCGAAAUAAUGUGAUUUUUUACCAACUCCGUCUCUCCCUGCCCUGUUUUGCUGCCCAUGUUAGUGGGUUGUACUCGUCUUCAAAGUGCACAUUUAUAUCCUAACGUGACUUGCACACAGCUGAUCGAUAGGCCGUGGUAUUUUUUUUAGUAGUUUUAAACUUUUAAUUCCGUCUUUCGUUAUUGUAAGUCUCACUAGAUUUUUUUCUUAUCUCUAGUAGAUUUAAGUAAUGAUUUACAUAAUUUAGUAAUAAGGAGAAUCAAGCUAAACUAUAUUUGAAGCUAACCAGGGAGAGGAUAUUGAGUUAAUUUGAAAAGAACUUGUUAAGGAUUAAUAAAAUUCUGAAGUGUUUAAGGAGAAGAUUACAUUUAGUCUUGUAUUUACUCCUUUUAUUUCCCUUUCUCUUCCACACACUCCUAGUUUUCCAUGUUUGUAGCCUGUUUAUUCAAUUACUUCCUGAGAAUAUCGUUACCAUAUCCUUCAGGCAAACACUGGCUGUUUUUGUUGGCUUUUCUCUAAUUUUGCUAUUUCAAAGGAUACCAUGCACUUCUGAAUACUUGCUACUUAUCUCACAUUCUGAAAGUGGGCUGGACUAAGUGGGUCCACUGUCAACGGUUGCCAGUGUGGUAAGAGUCCACUUAUAGGUGUAGACAUUGCUCACUGCAGAGAAGCUUGUCAUAAGCAGUCGACAGCUCUCACCGUGAGCAUGGAGACAUCCUCGCCAUGUGCGUUUGUGUAGAAGUGACAGGCGACUCAGAUCAAAAAUUCCUGGUACUGCCUUCCUCAGCAUCCGUCUACACUGUCCAGAUUAGCAUAAAAUCUCCAGCCCUUGAGUUUCUCAUGCAGCUAGAAAGGGUAAGAACGCAAGGAUCUAGGGGAGUUACUGUCCUUGAAUGCCAAAACAUUUUUCAGAAAAAUGUUCGUUGAAUUAAAAAUUCAAAAUUUUUGAUUCGCAUUAUUUGAAAGAGCCAAAUGGUUGCAAACGCUCAGAGAAUCUACUAGAUGUUACAGAGCUCACCCAGAUGGUUGAUGUUGCACAGACCCAGAUCAACUGGAUUCACAAACUGCACGCCCUCUGGCGGUGGGGAGGACUUGUCUGUGGACGGUAAAAGGGAGGCCUUCACCUUUCCAUAGGCUGAACUCAGGAGGCAGAGGGCAGGAAAAGCACCAUGAGGGCAGGGCUGUGAAGGAAAAUAAAAAUGAAUGCUUCCCAGCCAAACAACGACCUGUAAUAGAGACAUCUGUAUAUACUAUUUUAAAUUUAAAGUAGUAUACACACACAAUAGAAACUAUUCUAACAUAUGAAAUGAAAAAAUUCAAAGGAAAGCAAGUAUCACAGCCCCAAAUGAGAAAAGCAAACAUAUCAAAAUUGCCCUAAAAAAGUUCUUUGAAAUCUUUCAAAAGGGUUUUUAAACUUAGACAAAAGAAAAUU